UUGCCCCUGGCUGAAACCCGGGAGGAGCUCCCCCGAAGUUCAGUUACUGGACUUGUAAUUGCAGGUGAGGGAGCGAGCCAAAGAAGAGUUAAGAACGUGCUGCCACCACCCCCCGCAGCCGCCGCCAAUGAGUAAGGUUCCUAGCGCCAGGCACCGCCCCAGGCAACAUCACUUCGCUUGUCUGGACAAGAGUUGAUGAUCAAAAAAAUUAAUUUCCCGCUGCGGUUAGCCAUGAGCUGUCUGGAUGUUAUGUACCAAGUCUAUGGUCCUCCGCAGCCUUACUUUGCAGCAGCUUAUACUCCCUAUCAUCAGAAACUAGCCUUUUACUCGAAAAUGCAAGAAGCCCCAGAGAGCAGCAGCAACGCCAGCACCAGCAGUGGGAGCUCCUCCUUCUCCAGCCACACUCCAGCCAGUAUCAAAGAGGAAGACGGUAGUCCGGAGAAGGAGCGCCCCCCGGAGGCAGAGUACAUCAACUCUCGCUGUGUCUUGUUUACGUAUUUCCAAGGAGAUAUCAGCUCCGUGGUAGAUGAGCAUUUCAGCAGGGCCCUGAGCCAGCCCAGUAGCUACUCGCCAGGUUGUGCCAGCAGCAAAACUCCAAGAAGCUCCGGGUCCUGGAGAGACGGUUCCUUCCCGAUGAACCAGCGCAGUUUCCCCCCUUCCUUCUGGAACAGCACGUACCAGCCAGCAGUUACAGCUUCCUCGCUGAGCAGUCCUUUGGCUGCAGCCCACAGCGAUCUUCCCUUCGCUGCAGCAGACCCCUAUUCCCCAGCCUCUCUGCACAGCCACCUUCACCAAGGGGCAGCCGAACCCUGGCACCAUGCGCACCAUCAUCAUCAUCACCAUCAUCACCACCCGCACCCUCACCCUCACCACCCUUACUCUUUGGGUGGGCCAAUCGGGGCCCAGGGCACCGCCUUCCCCCGACCGACCUCUAUGCAUGAAGUCUAUGGUCCCCACUUCGACCCUCGGUACAGUUCACUGUUGAUGCCUCCAGCUUCAGUAAGGCAGCACCGCCUCACGCCAGCCUCAGUACCCACGCCAGUCAGCCCGCCCUGCGAACUGGGCAAAAGUGAGUCAUCUGGCUCAGCAUGGACCACUCCAGGGGGGCCCUUUCCCAGCCCGGCGGGAGACAUGGGACAGAGCCUGGGCCUCAAUGUGGACUCAGGUUUGCAGCCUCAGGACAAAAGCAAGGAUCUAUACUGGUUUUAGACUGCCCUCCACCUUCUCCUUCCUUGUAGGUCUCUGCCUAGUACAAUUGGUGACUUUCAGAGCUGAAAUCGAGUUGGUUAGUAACAGCUUCUGAUCUUGGUUUGCAGCUCGCCGUUAUUCCUUCUGUGGUGGAUCCCUCCUGAGCUGAUGUGAUGACCUCAAAGGUCCUGAGUUUUCCUUUUCGUUUCCCUUCAGACCAGCCCAUCAGACUCAGCAUCCAUGCCCCUCACUUCAGAGAUGAGAACAGGGGAAAAGGCAAAGACAUCAAACUACUUGGUGUAUCAGGAAAAAA